AUGGAGACGGUCACCGCCGAGAGCGGGGCGGUCACUGUGGGCAUGGAGGAUGUGACCGCGGUGGAAAACUUCAUCGCGGGCGUAUGCCCCUAUCUGCUCGGGGCAUCGAAGGAUGACAUCACGUCGGCCCUGCACACCCCCGAUGCCACUUUCAAGCUAAAGAAAUUCGCAAGUGACCCCAAGAAUCCCGUGCUCUUCAUCAAUCUUGCCGCACCUGACGAUGAGGAGGUAGAGGAAGGGACCGUGAGUGCAGGAGCGAAGCCGACGAUUUCGAUCGAGCUGGAGGUUUCGUUCGUGAAUGAAAAGUCGAGCAGCGUUGCCAUCAUCAAGACGCAGCCCGAUGCCGUUUUUGAUGGCGGCAAGGACUUCGUGGGCCAGCUGCAAGUGAUCAAGCUGAACGGCUCGCCAUUCGAUUCGCUGCACGCGUUUCUGCAUCACUCCCUCAACCCCUUCUUCCGAUCGUUCAUGAAGGCGGGAGGCAAGAAGAGCGACAAGGAUCCCAAGGGCGUCGUCGAAAAGAAGAUGGCCGAGCUGGAGCUCACCCUCUACAACUGCAAGCAAAAUGUACAGAUCGAGCAGGUCAAGCUCUCCUUCCACCCCGACAUUGCCCAAGCCGCCAAGAAGGACGGCGGCCGUACGCUUCGAGUCGAGGACUUGGGCGAGCACGCCACGGAGACCCACUUCCUCAACUCGCUCCAGGCCAUGGUGAACGUGUGGAUUCGCAACAUCCAGAAGGUCACCAAGCACGAACGAAUCGAGACGAUGCCGGCUGGCAGCGAAACGCUACAGGAGAUCAAGUUCUGGGUCGAGCUUGAGGGCGUCCUUCAGAACAUCACCGACCAGCUCGAGACGCCCGAGUCCCAGUGCACCCUGAACGCGUUGAAGCAGGCCAAGCGCUUCCACGCCACGGCUGCAUUCGACACGGACACGAUCGGCCUCAAGAAGGCCAAGGAGGUGGUGGCCCAGUACAAGCCCAUGAUGAAGGACUUCCCCAUCGACGACCUCCUCACCGCGGCCGAGGUGAGCAAGAUCUCCGAGGCGGUCAAGGCCAUCUUCACGCACCUCAAGCGCACGAAGAACGCCUACUAUCCGAUCAACCGCUACCUGCAGCUCGUCGAGGCCAUCUCCCGGGACCUGUGCAGCAAGGUGCUGAGCAUCCUCCGCACCAAGCGGCUCAUGCACAUGAGCUACGCCGACUUCGACCGGGUCACCGGCGACUGCAAGCAAGUCUUUGCCGUGUGGGAGGACGAGUUCGAGUCCUUCCGCGACUCCAUCCGCGAGAUCGCCAAGAAGCGAAACAAGGAGAAGAUCCCGCUCAAGAUCAACGCUGAGAACCGGCAGCUCCAGGAGCGCAUCGACGAGGUGCGCAAGUUCAGGCAGCAGCACGAGGAGCUCCACGGCGUUGUCUCGCGCGUGCUGCCCAGCGGCGUGGCCGGUCCCGGCGGCAUCAACCCCAGCAAGGAGAUUCACGAGGCCUACCAGCUCGUCAUCCAGCUCGACGUCCUCGACCUCUCGCCCGAGGGCGCGGAGGCCUGGCGCGCCGGUGUCAAGAAGUAUGAGGGGAGGAUCGAUCGCGUGGAGACGCACAUCACGGACCAGCUCUGCGACAGGCUCGCCACGGCCAAGAACGCCAGCGAGAUGUUCCGCGUGUUCAGCAAGUUCAACGCCCUCUUCUUCCGCCCGCGCGUGCGCGAGGCCAUCCAGCUCUACCAGGCCCAACUGAUCGAGCGCGUCAAGGACGAUAUCAAGGUCUUGCACCAUAAGUUCAAGCAGCAGUACUCCAACUCGGAGGCCUCCUACAUGGCCCAGCUGCGCGAUCUGCCGCCGAUUGCGGGAGCCAUCAUCUGGGCCACCCAGAUUGAGCGCCAGCUGGCCGCCGAGAUGAAGCGCGUCGAGGACAUCCUGGGCAAGGGCUGGGAGGUCGACGUGCAGGGCCAGAAGCUCAAGGCCGACGGCGAGCGCUUCCGGCGCAAGCUCAACACGAGCGUCAUCUUCGAGGAGUGGGUCAAGGACGUCGAAAGCCGCAACUUCCAGAUCUCCGGUCGUCUGCUGGACGUGGCGCGGAAGGGCGCCAAGCUCAACCUCGACGUGCACUUCGACCCGCAGAUCAUCACCCUCUUCAAGGAGGUCCGCAACCUGCAGGCGCUCAACUUCCGCGUGCCGCUGCAGAUCAUCCUGCUGGCCUCCAGCGCCAAGCAGGUCUACCCGUUCGCCGUCUCCCUCAAGGAGUCGGUCCGCACCUACAUUCAGUCCUGCGCGCGCGUGGGCGGUGAAGUGGCGCCGCUCGUUGCGGCCUACAAAAAGGACGUACAGACGCUUCUCAACGAGGGCUUCCACUCCAAGUGGGAGGCCGGCUCCAAGCUGGAGCCCUACGUGCGCCGCCUUGCCGACGCCGUUUCCACCUUCCGGGACAAGGUGGACGAGCUGCUGACCAAGCACGAGAAGAUCGUGCAGUGUAUGGAGCAGCUGGGCAGCUGCCCCAUCCACGGCCCUGCGCUGCACAGGAUCGCGUCGAAGCUGCAGGAGGCUGUGGACGAGCUCAACCUGGCCGGGUACUCCAACCUGGACGCCUGGGUGCGUCGGCUGGACAAGCAGCUCGAGGCCAUCCUCACCGAGCGGCUGCUGCAUGCCCUCGACGCCUGGCUCUCGACUUUCUCCACCGACGGCUCCGCGCCCGCCGCCGACGGUCAGGGCAGCGGAUCCGAUGCGCUCGUCGUGGCGGGCGGCGACUCGUCGUCGUCCCCGCGGAAGGACGCCCAGGAAGCGGCGCGCCACCGGCCGCUGAUCCGUACGUCGGUGCACGAGGUGCUCAUCCGAAACCAGAUGAUGCACCUGCAGCCGCCCCUGCACCACGCGCGCCAGACGUUCCUGCAGCAGCUGUCGGCCUACCUGGGCACCAUCUGCGACCUGCCGCGGCUGCAGAGCUCGCGGUACGACGCGUCGCUGUCGCACAAGAAGGACGCCGAGCGCGCACCGCCGCCGACGUACCGGCACCUGCUGGCGCGGCUGCCGGAGGGCGCCCUGCGCAAGGUCUACGAGGCCAUUGAGGAGCGGCUGCGGCAGGUGUCCGAGUACGUGGACAUCUGGCUGCAGUACCAGGCCCUGUGGGACAUGGAGGCGUCGACGGUGUUCAACCGGCUGGGCGAGGACCUGAGCCUGUGGCAGCGGCUGCUCGAGGAGAUCAAGCGCUCGCGGCGCACGUUCGACAACUCGGAGAGCGAGAAGCGGUUCGGGCCGGUGGUGGUGGUCUACGGCCAGGUGCAGUCGUCGGUGUCGCACAAGUACGACCUGUGGCACAAGGACAUCCUGCAGCGCUUCGCCAGCCGCAUGAGCGAGGCCAUGCGCGCCUUCUACGCCACCAUCAGUGGCGCGCGCACGGAGCUCGAGCGGCACCAGGUCGAGGCCGAGUCGACGGCCGACGCGGUGGUGUUCAUCCUGCGCGUGCAGGAGAUCCGCAAGAGCCUGCCCGCCUGGGGCGAGGAGCUGCGCACCUACGCCAACGGGCAGGAGCUGCUGCGGCGCCAGCGCUACAGCUUCCCGGCCGACUGGCUCGAGUACGACAUGGUCGACGGCGAGUGGCACGUGUUCAACGAGAUCCUGCAGCGCAAGACCGACUCGCUCAACGCGCAGAUCCCGUCGCUGCAGAUGAAGGUGGCCGCCGAAGCCAAGCUGCUCGACGAGCGCAUCCGCCAGUUCGCCGACGACUGGGCCGCGCAGCGCCCGGUGUCCGGGGACACGCGCCACUCGGCCGCGCUUGACACGCUCCGCAUCUUCGACGGGCGGCUGGUGCGGCUCAAGGAGGAGCACACGCGCAUCGCGGCGGCCAAGCAGGCGCUCGACCUGGAGCCCUCGGGCGAGGACCAGCUGGGCGCCAUUGAGGAGGAGAUGCGCGACCUCAAGGAGGUGUGGUCCAAGCUCGCGCAGGUGUGGGCCAACCUCGACCAGCUCAAGGAGACCCCCUGGUCGGCCGUCAUGCCGCGCAAGGUGCGCCAGGCGCUCGACGACAUCCUGGCGGCGCUUAAGACGCUGCCCAACCGCGUGCGCCAGUACUCGGCCUUUGAGCACCUGCAGACCACGGUCAAGGACUACCUCAAGGCCAACGUCGUGGUGGCCGACCUGCACUCGGAGGCCGUCAAGGAGCGCCACUGGAAGGAGCUGCGGCGCAAGCUCAACGCGCAGUGGCUGCUCAACGAGCUCACGCUGGGCGACGUGUGGGCCACCGACGUCAACAAGUACGCCGGCCUCUACAAGGAGGUGCGCCAGUACUGGGAGACGGCCGAGCUCGACCUGGUCAACUACCAGAACAAGUGCCGCCUCAUCCGCGGCUGGGACGACCUCUUCGCCAAGCUCGCCGAGCACUCCAACUCGCUGGGCGCCAUGCGCAUGUCGCCCUACUUCAAGGUCUUCGAGGAGGAGUCCACCGGGUGGGAGGACAAGCUCUCGCGCCUCCAGAACCUGUUCGACGUGUGGAUGGACGUCCAGCGCCGCUGGGUCUACCUGGAGGGCAUCUUCUCCGGCUCGGGCGACAUCCAGCACCUGCUCCCGCAGGAGUCGGCCCGCUUCCGCGCCAUCAACACCGAGUUCGUCGCCCUCCACAAGAAGGUGAGCGCCGCCCCGCGCGUGCUCGAGGUGCUCCACAUCGAGGGCAUCCACCGCCAGAUGGAGCGCCUCGCCGACCUCCUCGCCAAGAUCCAGAAGGCACUCGGUGAGUACCUCGAGCGCCAGCGCUCCGCCUUCCCGCGCUUCUACUUCGUCGGCGACGAGGACCUGCUCGAGAUCAUCGGCAACAGCCGCGACAUCGUCAAGAUCCAGAAGCACCUCCGCAAGAUGUUCGCCGGCCUCGCCGCCCUCGUGCUCGACGACUCGCAGACCGAGAUCCUGGGCAUGGCCUCGCGCGAGGGCGAGACCGUCAUGUUCAAGCGCGUCGUCUCGCUCAAGGACCACCCCAAGAUCUACGAGUGGCUCGCCCAGGUCGAAAACGAGAUGAAGCACACCCUGGCCUCGGCCACCGCCGACGUGCUCGCCGAGAUGAACGCCCUCCAGCCGCAGGGUCCCGACGCCCCGCUCGACGUGCCCGCCUACCUGGGCUGGAUCGACCGCUGCCCCGCGCAGCUGCUGCUCAUCGCCACCCAGAUCGGCUGGACCCGCCAGGUGGAGGACGCCCUCACGGCCGCCGCCUCCGGUGGUGGCUCGCAGGCCCUCGCGGCCGUGGUGGCCGACGUGGAGACCAAGCUGGCGCACCUGGCCGACGCCGUGCUGGAGGACAUCCCGGCGAUGAAGCGCAGCAAGCUCGAGUACCUGAUCACCGAGUGCGUGCACCAGCGCGACGUCACGCGGCAGCUCGUGGCCGACGGCGUGGCGUCGGCGGCCGACUUCGCGUGGCUCUACCAGAUGCGCUUCUACUGGGACGAGACGGCGGAUUCGUUCCUCAAGAAGGUGGUCAUCCGCAUGGCCGACGCGUCGUUCGCCUACGGGUGGGAGUACCUGGGCGUGGCCGAGCGCCUCGUGCAGACGCCGCUCACCGACCGGUGCUACCUGACGCUCACGCAGGCGCUCGAGAGCCGCAUGGGCGGCAGCCCGUUCGGCCCGGCCGGCACGGGCAAGACGGAAACGGUCAAGGCGCUGGGCCAGCAGCUGGGCCGGUUCGUGAUCGUGUUCUGCUGCGACGAGAACUUUGACUUCCAGGCCAUGGGCCGCAUCUUCGUGGGCCUGUGCCAGUGCGGCGCGUGGGGCUGCUUCGACGAGUUCAACCGGCUCGAGGAGCGCAUCCUGUCGGCCGUGUCGCAGCAGAUCCAGGCCAUCCAGCUGGCGCUCAAGGAGAAGGCCAAGGAGGUGGAGAUCAUCGGCAAGGCCGUCAAGGUCAACCAGUCCAUGGGCGUGUUCGUCACCAUGAACCCGGGCUACGCCGGGCGGUCCAACCUGCCGGACAACCUCAAGCAGCUAUUCCGCGGCGUGGCCAUGAUCCAGCCGGACCGCGAGCUCAUCGCGCAGGUCAUGCUCUACUCGCAGGGCUACCGCACGGCCGAGCGGCUGGCCAGCAAGGUGGUGCCCCUGUUCAAGCUCUGCGAGGAGCAGCUCUCGGCCCAGUCCCACUACGACUUCGGCCUCCGCGCGCUCAAGUCAGUGCUCGUGUCGGCGGGCAACAUCAAGCGCCAGACUCCGACGCCGGGCGACCUCGACGAGGCCGGCAUCCAGGCCUUCGAGCAGGAGAUCCUCCUCCGCUCCAUCUGGGAGACCGUCACGCCCAAGCUCGUCGCCUCCGAUGUGCCCCUCUUCACGGGCCUCCUCUCCGACGUGUUCCCGCGCGUCGCCGUCGUCGCCACCGAGCUCGCCGUGCUGCGCGACCACAUCGCCGCCAUCUGCCGCGAGCGCCACCUGGUGCCGGCCCCGCAGUGGAUCGACAAGCUCGUGCAGCUCUACCAGGUGCUGCUCCUCCGCCACGGCUGCAUGAUGGUCGGACCCUCGGGCUCGGGCAAGACCGCGUCGUGGGCCGUGCUCCAGAAGGCCCUCGAGCGCAUGGACGGCGUGGAGACCAAGGCCUACGUGCUCGACCCCAAGGCCAUCACCAAGGACAGCCUCUUUGGCACCCUCGACGCCACCACCCGCGAGUGGACCGACGGCCUCUUCACCGCGCUCCUCCGCAAGAUCGUCGACAACCUCCGCGGCGAGGCCCACAAGCGCCACUGGAUCAUCUUUGACGGCGACGUCGACCCCGAGUGGGUCGAGAACCUCAACUCGCUCCUCGAUGACAACAAGCUCCUCACCCUGCCCAACGGCGAGCGCCUCGCCCUCCCCAACAACGUGCGCGUCAUGUUCGAGGUCCAGGACCUCAAGUACGCCACCCUGGCCACCGUCUCCCGCUGCGGCAUGGUCUGGUUCUCCGAGGAGACCCUCACCACCCAGAUGCUCUUCGCCCGCUACCUCACCCGCCUCCGCGAGGAGCCCUUCGACGAGCAGGAGCGCGACCAGCUCCUCCGCCGCCGCACCGUCACCGACGGCCCCAAGGACGAGUGGGUGCCGCCGGGUCUCCAGGUGCAGCGCCAGGCCGCCGAUGUGCUGGCGCCGCUGCUGGCCGAGGAGGGCCUCGUGGAGAAGUGCCUGACGUGGGUCGCAGGGCGCGACUCACACAUCAUGGACCUCACGCGGCUGCGCGUGAUCGAGGCCAUGUUCUCGCUGGUCAACAAGGGCGUGGUCAACGUCAUCGAGUACAACCAGAACCACGCGGACUUUGCGCUGCCCGUGGACGUGGCCGACCGCUACGUAGCCAACCGGCUGUGCUACUCGAUCAUGUGGGGCUUCGGCGGGUCGAUGCCGCUGGUGGAGCGCGAGGCCCUGGGCGGCUUCAUCGCCGGGCAGACGACGCUGCCCAUGCCACCGCUCACCGAGUCGACGUCGCUGCUGGACUACUGGCCGUCGGUGGAGGACGGCGAGUGGAAGCCGUGGACGGUGCGGGUGCCGCAGGUCGAAGUGGAGUCGCACCUGGUGGCGUCGCCCGACGUGGUCAUUCCGACGGUGGACACGGUGAGGCACGAGGACGCGCUCAAGGCGUGGCUGGCCGAGCACCGGCCGGUGGUACUGUGCGGCCCGCCGGGGUCGGGCAAGACGAUGACGCUCAUGUCGUCGCUCAAGGCGCUGCCGGACCUGGAGCUGGUGUCGCUCAACUUCUCGUCGGCGACGACGCCCGAGCUGCUGCUGAAGACGUUCGACCAGCACUGCGAGUACAAGCGCACGCAGGAGGGCACCGUGCUGCAGCCCACGGUCAUGGGCAAGUGGCUGGUGAUCUUCUGCGACGAGUGCAACCUGCCGGCGGCCGACAAGUACGGCACGCAGCGCGUGAUCACGUUCCUGCGGCAGCUCGUGGAGCAGAACGGCUUCUGGCGCACGAGCGACCACCAGUGGAUCACGCUGCACCGCAUCCAGUUCGUGGGCGCCUGCAACCCGCCCACCGACGCCGGGCGCGUGCCGCUCACGCACCGGUUCCUGCGCCACGUGCCGCUCCUCCUGGUGGACUUCCCGUCGGCCGAGUCGCUGCGCCAGAUCUACGGCACCUUCUACCGCGCGCUGCUCAAGCUGCAGCCGGCCCUGCGCGGCCACGCUAGCGCGCUCACCGAGGCCAUGGUCGAGUUCUACCUGGCCUCGCAGCAGCGCUUCGUGCCCGACAUGCAGGCCCACUACAUCUACUCCCCGCGCGAGCUCUCGCGCUGGAUGCGCGCCCUGCUCGAGGCCCUCAAGCAGGUCGAGGGCCUCGCCCUGGAGGACCUCAUGCGCCUGUGGGUGCACGAGGGCCUGCGCCUCUUCCAGGACCGCCUGGUGAGCCGCGACGAGGCCCGCUGGACCGACGAGACCAUCGACGCCAUCGUGCUCAAGCACUUCCCGAGCCUCGACCCGCGCUGCCUCGCGCGCCCGAUCCUCUUCUCCAACUGGCUCUCCAAGGAGUACGCCCGCGUAGAGCGCGAGGCCCUCCGCGACCACGUCAAGGCCCGCCUCAAGGUCUUCUACGAGGAGGAGCUCGACGUGCCGCUCGUCGUGUUCGACGAGGUGCUCGACCACAUCCUCCGCAUCGACCGCGUGCUCCGCCAGCCCCAGGGCCACGCGCUCCUCAUCGGCGUCUCGGGCGGCGGCAAGACGGUGCUGUCGCGCUUCGUGGCGUGGAUGAACGGCCAGUCGAUCUUCACCAUCAAGGUCAACAACCGCUACACGGCCGAGGACUUUGACGACGACCUGCGCCACGUCAUGAAGCGCGCCGGCUGCAACGACGAGCGCAUCUGCUUCAUCUUCGACGAGUCCAACGUGCUCGACUCGGCCUUCCUCGAGCGCAUGAACACCCUCCUGGCCUCAGGCGAGGUGCCGGGCCUCUUCGAGGGCGAGGAGUGGACCUCGCUCAUGCACGCCUGCCGCGAGGCCGUCCAGCGCCACGGCCUCCUGGCCGACACCGAGGACGAGAUGUACAAGUGGUUCACCCUCCAGGUGCGCCGCAACCUCCACAUCAUCUUCACCAUGAACCCGGCCUCGCCCGACUUCCACAACCGCUCGGCCACCUCGCCGGCCCUCUUCAACCGCUGCGUGCUCGACUGGUUCGGCGAGUGGUCCCCGUCGGCGCUCUUCCAGGUCGGGUCCGAGUUCACCCAGAACGUCGACCUCGACGACCCGGCCUACCGCAUCGCGCCCGACGCGCUCCUCCUGCCCGACCUCGCCGACCUCCCGCUCGCCGGCUCCGGCGGCGUCGUGGGCGGUGCGCCCGACGCGCUGUCGCACCGCGAGGCCGUGGUGGCGGCGUUGGUCUACAUCCACGGCACCAUCAACGAGGCCAACCUGCUGCUGCACCGGCAGGCGGGCCGGUCCAACUACGUGACGCCGCGGCACUACCUGGACUUCAUCUCGCACCUGGUGCACCUGGUGGGCGAGAAGCGCGAGGAGCUCGAGGAGCAGCAGCUGCACGUGAACGUGGGCCUGCAGAAGCUGCGCGACACGCAGCAGCAGGUGGCCGACCUGCAGAAGAGCCUCCAGGAGAAGAGCAAGGUGCUCGAGGCCAAGCAGGCCGAGGCCAACGAGAAGCUGGCGCAGAUGGUGCAGGACCAGCAGGUGGCUGAGCAGAAGCGCGCCGCCGCGCAGGUGCUCUCCGGCCAGAUGGAGAAGCAGAACGCCGAGAUCCAGGUAAAGAAGGAGCGCGCCUACGCCGACCUCGAGAAGGCCGAGCCCGCUGUCGAGGAGGCCCGCAGCGCCGUGUCGGGCAUCAAGAAGGAGCACCUCGAGGAGAUCCGCGCCCUCGCGCGUCCGCCCGAAAAGGUCAAGAAGACCCUCGAGGCCGUCUCCAUCCUGCUGCACCACAAGAAGCUCGACUGGAACAACACGCGCAAGCUGCUCAUGGACAAGGCCUUCAUCCCGUCCAUCGUCCAGUUCGACUCCAACGCCAUCUCGGCCAAGGACCGCCAGGCCAUCCAGGCCGAGUACCUCUCCGACAAGGAGUUCAACUUUGAGAGCGUCAACCGCGCCUCCAAGGCCUGCGGCCCGCUCGUGUCGUGGAUCAUCGCCCAGAUCUCCUACUCUGAUAUCCUCAACCGCAUCCAGCCCCUGCGCCAGGAGGUGGCCGACCUCGAGGCCGCCGCGAGCGACCUGGCGCGCAAGCAGGACGAGCUGCAGGCCACGAUCGCCGACCUGGAGCGCUCGAUCGGGCGCUACAAGGACGAGUACGCAGCGCUCAUCGCGCAGGCGCAGGCCAUCAAGACCGAGAUGGCGACGGUGGGGGCCAAGGUGGAGCGCUCGAUCGCGCUGCUGUCCAACCUCUCGUCGGAGCGCGACCGAUGGGAGGCCUCGUCGGCGGCGUUCAAGGCCGCCAUGGCGACGGUGGUGGGCGACUCGAUCCUGGCGGCGGCCUUCGUGGCCUACAUCGGCGUGUUCGACCAGCGCUACCGGGCCAUGCUCCUGACGCAGUGGAAGGCGCGUCUCACCGACCUGGGCCUCACCUUCAAGCCCGACCUCUCGGUGAUCGAGUACCUGUCGGACUCGGACCGCCGGCUGGCGUGGCAGGCCAACUCGCUGCCGGCCGACGAGCUGUGCGUGGAGAACGCGAUCAUGCUGGAGCGGUUCAACCGGUACCCGCUCGUGAUCGACCCGUCGGGCCAGGCCUCGGAGUUCCUCAUGCAGCAGUACCGCGAGCGCAAGAUCAAGAAGACGUCGUUCCUCGACGCCGCCUUCAUGAAGAACCUCGAGUCGGCGCUGCGGUUCGGCACGCCGCUGCUCGUGGAGGACGUGGAGUCGAUCGACCCGGUGCUCAACCCGGUGCUCAACAAGGAGAUCCGCAAGACGGGCGGCCGGAUCCUCAUCCGGCUGGGCGACCAGGACGUGGACUUCUCGCCCUCGUUCGUCAUCUUCCUCUCCACGCGCGACCCCAACGCCCACUUCACGCCGGAUCUGUGCUCGCGCGUCACCUUUGUCAACUUCACCGUCACGCCGGGCUCGCUCCAGGAGCAGUGCCUGCACGAGGUGCUCAAGGUCGAACGGCCCGACAUCCACCAGAAGCGCGUCGACCUCAUGAAGCUCCAGGGCGAGUUCAAGGUGCGCCUGCGCGGCCUCGAGAAGGCCCUCCUCGAGGCCCUCAACGAGUCCCAGGGUUCGAUCCUCGACAACGACCACGUCAUCGCCACCCUCGAGCGCCUCAAGACCGAGGCCGGCGAGAUCAACCAGAAGAUGCGCGACACCGAGAACGUCAUGGGCGAGAUCAGCCUCGUCUCGGCCGAGUACAACCCGCUCGCCCUGGCCUGCUCCUCGAUCUACUUUGCCCUCGAGCAGGCCGCCUCCAUUCACUUCCUCUACCAGUUCUCCCUCCGCUUCUUCCUCGCCCUCUUCCGCGCCGUCCUCCACGACAACCCCAAGCUCGCCGCCGUGCGCGGCGCCGCCGACCGCCUCGCCAUCCUCAGCGCCGACAUGUUCACCAUCGCCUUCCAGCGCGUCGCCCGCACCCUCCUCCACGAGGACCAGCUCCCGUUCGCCCUCCGCCUCCUCCAGAUCCGCCUCCGCGACGCCCCCGCCGCCCACCAGUUCGACCCGCGCGAGCUCGACUACGUCCUCAAGGGCGCCGACGUCACCGUCACCGCCGCCGUCACCGCCCCCGCGAGCCUCACCGCCCUGCCCUUCGUCACCGAGGGCCAGGCCAAGUACCUGGCCGAGCUCGAGAAGGCCCUCCCCGGCGGCCCCUUUGCCGGCAUCGUCGAACACGUCGCGGCUCAUCCCGACGAGUGGCGCCUCUUCUUCGAGGACGCCAACGGCGAGCGCGCCGUGCCCGAGUCGUGGGCCAACGCCGGAGCCAACGCCGGCGCGGCCGAGUCAGUGCGCCUCUUCCGCACGCUCACCCUGCUCAAGGGCCUCCGCCCGGACCGCAUCAUCGCCGGCGGCAGCGCGCUCGUGCAGGCCCUCUUUGCCGGCUCCGGCAGCGGCGGAGACUUUAUCCACCUGCCGGAGCUCGACCUGGGCGCCGUCGUGGAGCGCGAGGCCGGGCCGUCGACGCCGCUGGUGCUGUGCUCGAUGCCCGGCUACGACGCGUCGUACAAGGUCGACGACCUGGCGGCGCGCACCAAGCGGCCCUACAAGUCGCUGGCCAUCGGGUCGGCCGAGGGCUUCGACCAGGCCGAGAAGGCCAUCCAGGCCGGGGCCAAGGCGGGCACGUGGGUGCUGCUCAAGAACGUGCACCUGGCCCCGCAGUGGCUGGUCAACCUCGAGAAGAAGCUCCACUCGCUCGAGGCCAAGCCCGGCUUCCGCCUCUUCCUCACCUCCGAGACCUUUGAGUUCAACGAGUCCGACAUGCGCUGCGCGCUCGACACCAUCGACACCUGGGUCGACCGCAUCCCGUGGAGCGCCCUCAAGACCCUCCUCGCGCAGACCGUCUACGGUGGCCGCAUCGACAACCCGUUCGACCAGCGCCUCCUCGAGUCCUUCCUCGACCACCUCUUCCGCCCGCAGGCCUUUGACGAGGCCUUCCCGCUCACCCCCUACGCCCUCGCCGACGCCGGCGAUCGCCUCACCGCGCCCGAGGGCAAGUCGCGCGAGGACUUUGCCCGCUGGGUGCGCGAGGCCAUCCCCAAGCGCGAGACGCCCGGCUGGCUCGGCCUCCCCGAGAAUGCCGAGAUGAUGCUCCUCUGGCUGCUGCUCAUCCCGGCGCCCGCCAAGGCCCACGCCGAGGCGGCGGUAAGCGAGGAGCAGCUGCAGGACCCGCUCUACCGUUGUUUCGAUCGCGAGAUGCGGGCCGGCAGGUCGCUGGUGACCAAGGUGCGGCACGACCUGGGCCAGGUCAUCCAGGCCUGCCGCGGCGAGAUCAAGCAGACCAACUACCUGCGCGCCCUCAUCACCGACCUCUCCAAGGGCGUCGUGCCCCGCGACUGGCGCCGCUAUGCCAUCCCCGAGUCCGUGGGCGUGGGCGCCUGGCUCGUCGAUCUCGCCGAGCGCCUGCAGCAGCUCGAGCGCCUUAGCGGCGACAUGCUCCGCUCGCCCCGGCCGGCCCUCACCGUGUGGCUCGGCGGCCUCUUCUUGCCCGAGGCCUUCAUCACCGCCACCCGCCAGGCCGCCGCUCGCGCCCACGCCUGGUCCCUCGAGCACCUCGAGCUCCACGUGCUCCCGUCGGCUGCCGCCGCCGCCGCCGAGCCGGAUGCCUUCGUCCUGCAGGGCCUCACCCUCGAGGGCGGCGCCGGCUGGCGCGAGGAUCGCCUGGCGAUCGUGCCGCAGCUGUUCACCGCCAUGCCCGACACGGCCUUUGUCUGGCGCCACACCCCCGACCUCGCCCGCGAGCCGAAGCCGACGACCCCGUCGGUCAACGUGCCGGUCUACAUCAACGGCAAGCGCACCGAGUUCCUCUUCGACGUAGACAUGCCCUCGCCGGCCGACGUCACGCCCGCCACGUGGUACCAGCGUGGUCUCGCCCUCACCGCCUGGGCACGCGACAGGACAUAA